AUGGAUUCAUUCAUGGAGCAACCCCAAACAAGCGGACACGCCACGCCAGCACCACACAUCCCCACAAGCCAGGACAACUCAUUGAGUAACUGGAAUUCACUGGAAGUGAAUGAUAGUCAAAUCGAUAGGAUAUUGACUUUUAUGGGGGAUUUGUUGGAUAGCCAAAUUAGGCGUCUCUCACGCUCGAAGCGAGAUCAGAUAAUGAUUUCGAUGCGCGAGAGGUUGCAAGUUGACCUCGAGGGGAACUUGGGCCAUAAAGGUAACUCGCACUCCACUCUUUGUGAAAAAUUCCAAAUGAGUGUUGAGGAAUUGCUUGAGUAUAUACCUAUGGCCAGUUCCCAUAGCCAGAUGGUAGUGAGGUUAGGGGCUAGGCUCGGGUGUGAUUUUGAUGACGUAGAGUCGGUGAUCGAAGGCAAAUUAGCGAUUGUCACAGAGUUAGAGAAUAGGCUAAAGGUCCUGCGCUCUGAAGUAAAGCAGGAAGCUUUAAGAAGCGCAAAGAGGGAAGAAGCCUUAUUGGCACGGAUAAAAAGGCAUCAGGAUCUAGGAGAUUCCUUGCCUGGACCCUCGCAGGCAGAGCCUAUGUUUAUGGAGACUCCGACGGGACCCGAUGUACGUCGUAGAGAUGAGAGUUGGCGUGCUGUGCGUGAACAGUACAGGUCACUCAAAAAGCUAAGCGUUGAGGAUAACCUCCGCGAUGCACCCCGAUGUCACGCAAAGGGCACUGAAUGGCGUGAAUGUCGUCAGCGAAAGUCGCGCUGUUCGUCAAGUACCUCUUUGAGAAGUUCUCCGUCAACGUCGACGAUCGGUGGGUCCGUAUUAGUCAUGAGCGGUAACAAUGGCAAUGACCACUCAGAGCGAGCUACUGCAGACAUAUUUAGUAUGUUCAGAGAGGUAUUUAAGGCACAGAGUGUUGCCAGUGUACCCAACUACACAGGGAAAAAUUCCCUCAGCGACUUCCUACGAGCUCUGGAAGUGAAAUUCCCGCCAACGGUGUGGCAGGAUGCCGAUCGUAGAGAUAUCUUAAUCAAUCAUUUGGAAGGCACAGCCAAGGCGGUUUAUAGAACUUUACCGCGAAGUGUGCGGGAAGGUAGCUUCAAGGAUUUAGUGGGAGCACUUGAGCUGGCACGCAAGAAUCCCUGCGAUCGCUUGAAGAAUAUCAGAGAAUGGGACACGCUUUCGAAAAGAAGUGAUGAGAGUGUGGUAGAGUUCUGCUGCCGUAUGGAAGACCUCUCUAGGAGAAUACAUCCUAGCUGCGAAUGGGACUUCAUACGCGGGUCCAAGCUGUAUUCAUGCUUGGAAAGCUGGCAGGAUUCGUACCAUAUGCUUGCUGCGUUAGACGCACCGGAAGGAAAGGUGUAUGAGGCAGUCAAGAAGGUUGCCAGGAGGCUAGAAAAGCUUCAAGAAGAUGUGGCAACGCACACCAACGACUUUCAUGAUCGUACCAGCAAGUUGAGUGACUAUCACAAGAAGGCCAGAUAUGAGGGGGGCAGACCCUCAACCCGCAAUAAGUGCUUCGAAAGUACAGAUAAAGGCGCAGUGAGAUGUUUCUCGUGUGGUGAGGUUGGCCACAUAGCCUCAAAAUGUGGUAGAACCAUGAGCGGAAGCGGUGAAAGGUCUGAUCAGCGUGGCAGCAAUGCCGUAGGAGGGAUAACCCCCGCUGAUGAUGUUGAGGGAUGGUGCAGGACCGUCCGAGCCAAUAGUGCUAAGACCCACCUGCGGAAGCCAUGGGAGAACUAUGUAUUUGCAGCGCAAAUGCUCGCAAAAGAUCAAGAUUACGACGCAAGCCAGGAUGUCAUCGUAACAAAACAAGGACCGUGA